AUGGCGCUUGUCAAACAGCUGCGGGCUGAGAACAGUGCUCUGCGUGUGCAGCUGGCACGGGCUGGGCUCCUGCCUUCAGGCAAAUCCCUGCCCAGCCUCGCAGAGCUCGAGGCCGGCAUCGUCUGGCCACAGGGGCGGGAGGACAGGUUCUGGGAGCGCCCGCCACGCAAGGCCCCGCUGUCCCUGCCAGGCCCGCCGGGGAAGGAGGGCCCCCCUGCGACGGCCGCCGAGCCCCUCACCAUCAUCCACAUCGCCGCCGAGAUGGCUCCCAUUGCCAAGGUAGGAGGCCUGGCGGAUGUGGUCACCGGGCUGUCCAAGGCCACCGCAGCUCGUGGGCACUCUGUGGAAGUGGUGCUGCCCUAUUACGCGUUCCUGGAGGGCUCCCCAGACGUGAGGGAUGCCCGCUCGGUCGGGGUGUUUAAUGUGCCCAAGGGCAACGGCCUGGCGAGGUGCGAGGCCUUCACUGCCACGGUGGAGGGGUGCAGGGUGCUGCUGCUGCGCCCCGUCGACCAGGGGAGCCUGUUCCAGGGCCAGAGCGUGUACGGCGGCGCCUACAACGAGACAGAGGCCUACCUGCACUUUAGCAGAUCGGCGCUGGAGGCCGUGCGGGUGCUGGACCGGCGGCCCGAUGUCCUGCACUGCCACGAAUGGCAGACCGGGGCGGUGCCCAUGCUGUUCUGGGAGGCCUACUCCGCGAACCUGCCCCGCACACGGCUGGUGCUCACCAUCCACAACUUUGACUCGGUUGGCGAGUGCCGACAGGACGAGUUCCUGCACACAGGCAUGGCCGGCGGGGCGUUUGCGUCUGUGGACCGUGCGCUGGAUGAACGCACGGUCGGGCACAACCCGGAGCGCCUGUGCCUGCUGAAGGGCGGCAUCGUGUAUGCCAACGCCGUGACCACCGUCAGCCCCAACUACGCACGCGAGGCGGUCCGCGAUGGGGCUGCUGGCUUCCUGAAAUCCACACUGGCCCAGCCGCACAUCGCAGCCAAGUUCACCGGCAUCAUCAAUGGCAUCGACACGGAGAGCUGGGACCCGGCUCAGGACGCGACGCUGCCGGCGCCCUUCUCUGGCGCCUCCCCGCGGGGCAAGGCGCUCUGCAAGCGCUUCCUCCAGGCGGGGCUGGGCAUGAGUGUCGCCCCAGACAAGCCCCUGGUGGCCGUCGUGUCCCGCCUGGUGCCGCAGAAGGGCAUCCACCUGAUGGAAGCCGCCCUGCACCACAUCGCUCAGCACGGCGGACAAUUUGUGCUGCUGGGGUCGGGGCAUGCUGACGGGGCGUUGCGGCGAGCGGCGGAGGAGCAGUAUAGGGACAAUGCCGAUGUGCAGUGCCUGUUCAUGUACUCGGAGCCCCUGAGCCACCUCAUCUACGCCGCGGCCGACAUGUUCCUCGUGCCCUCCCUCUUCGAGCCCUGUGGCCUGACCCAGCUCAUUGCGCUGAGGUAUGGAGCGAUCCCGAUCGUCAGAGCCACUGGAGGACUGGCUGACACCGUGAAGGACGUGGCCUCUGGAGACGUGGGUCCCGUCUCUGUGGGCGGUAAUGGCUACGUGUUCCAGGGCAUGGAUGGUGGGGCGGUGCAGGCGGCAGUGGGGCGCGCGAUGGCAGACUACAGGGAGCGCCCGGGCGAGUGGCAAGGCCUCGUGCUGCGGGUCCUCGACGAUGGCGAUGCGUGGAGCUGGGAUGGCCCAACAGAGGAGUACCUCGAUAUAUACAGCAAGGUACUGGCCUGA